AUGAGACAACGGGUGACGUCAUUGUUAAAUAUUGAUGACUGGGAAGUAAGUUACUAAUUCUACAGUAAGCUUUUUCUACAUCCUACCCUACUCUACUCUACCCUACCGUACUCUGCUUUUCUCGUGCCCUACCCGAUCCUUGUUUACUGUUUUGUGUAUGCCCUGGGAACCUUACUCUAUCCCACCUUACUUAGCAUUGAGACACCCUAACCUUCCAAUAACUUUGCCUUACAAUUAUUAAGCCUCCAGACAACCCUUCCUAGCUCUAUAAUAUCCCUACCCUAAAAACAACUAGCCCUGACAAAUAUAAGUUAUCAUUUGAUCACGCUACAUCUCACAGCAUCAGCAUACAGCAACAUGACACUUUUGUUCAAGCAGACCAUUACCUAUAAUAAGUUAAUUUCAGAAAACUGUAAAUAUCAUAGCGAUUGGUCAUAUUGUAUUACACAUGAUCUUCCUUGCAUUUGAGAUUUAUUCGGAACAUUGGUACGGCGUUUUCGGAUCGUGUUUAGGAAUUGUCAGCUGUGUAGCAUUGGCAUAUGGUAACAAAAAGAGAUCUCCAUUACUGUUUCUACCUUAUUUAUUGUUUUCGGUAGGUUUUUAGUUUUUUAAGUAUCAACCUAUAUUACCCUUGAUUUUUGUAAAUUUACUAAGACACAUGACUAUGACAUCCUAAAAAACCUUUUUAGACAUUUCUUUAACACUCUCUAUUUAAUUUUCGCCAAGAAAGCCAAUUCCAUCUUUAAAACUUAAAAAACCCCAUUUCAGACAGUACUAAUAGCAGCCUGGCUAGGUGCAGCCGUAUAUCUAAUAGCAGAAGCUGUGGAUUCAGACGAAGAUGUUCACACAUUACUACGAUAUCAAUCACCAACAGUCGCCAUUGUGAUGGGAUCGAUUGAAAUCGUUAUAUCGUUAGUACAAGCUGUUGCUUUAGCAUUUGUAUUUAGAGCAGGAAAUUUACUACGUAAAAAUGGGUUUUAUUAA